AUGGAUUCAGCAUUCAAGAAGAUUCUUUCCUCGCUGUCUUGUGUUUGGUGUGGAGAUUGGAGCAUCAGUCUGCCAGAGAAGAUUGAAGCUCUGAGUGGAUCCUGUGUGACCAUAAACUGCAGAUUUGAUAUUAAUAACACAUAUGACAAAUAUCUCACUGACAGUGCUGUAGGGGUGUGGCUUAAAGAUGGGACUAACUUGCGAAAAAAUGUAGUGUUUGACUCCAACAGGACCAAUCUCUAUUUUGAAGGGAAAUUAAUUGGAAUAUUAAAAGACAAGAACUGUACCACCAUCUUUUAUAAUGUUACUUCAAAUCACAGUGGUCAAUUUUUCCUCAGGAUUGAGGGUAAUGGUGGACUGAAGUAUACUUAUACACAAAAAUCUGCUUUAGAUGUGAUUGACUCUCCAACCAAACCCACAGUGCAGAUGUUUAAGGAUCAGAUGGAGGUUGAGGUUCAUGAGGAGGUGUUAGAGGGGAGCUCUAUGUGUCUGCGCUGCUCUGCUAAGACUCUCUGCUCCUCUUCUCCACCAACUCUCACAUGGAGCUCCACUGACAGACUCCACCUCAAUGAGAACAGCAGACUACAGCUGGAUCAACAGAAUCAAACUGAGAUCAUCUCUGAUCUGAACUUCACUGCUACUCACCUUCAACAUGGAGUCACUUUCAUCUGCACUAUAACCUACCAGCUACAGCAGAGGAUCACAACAGCACUAAACAACAUCACAUUACGUGUUCAGUGUAAGAGCAUCAUUUUAUCAUGUUUCAUCGAUCUUAUGGACUUUUAUAUAAUUUCAGAGGCAUCACUUCUCUUCAAAAACACAUGAGCUUCAAUUUCUCCUUUA